CGGCAUCGGAUUUGCCGCCUCAUACCCACGACCCAAACGCUCCUCUAGGUUCUCUGUUUCCUCCUCCACAAAUUAACAAUCUCACACUCUCUCUGGUUCACAAAUACCAUGCCAACUCUAAUCCCUAAUUAAAACCUAAAUUUGAAUUCGGUCACUGUCUUCAUGGACACACUCUUUCUUCAUGAACUCUCUCGCUUUCACGCUCUCUCCCUCCUUCGCAUCAUCUCAUCUUCGACUCCCUCCUCGGAGAACACGAUGCAGUUGUUCUCUCUCCGCGCCGGUAACGAGAGGCAAUGCGAAAAAGAAUGGAUCUAUAAUUCUCUGGUUCAAGCAGGAUCUCCGAAUCGACGAUCAUCCGGGCCUCGUAGCCGCCUCCGACUAUCAGGCCGUGGUUCCUCUUUACGUCUUCGAUCGUCGGAUUCUUUCUCGCUAUUCUGAUGAAAUGCUAGAACUGCUUCUUUUUGCAUUGAGAGAUUUAAGGAAGUCGUUGCAGGAACAAGGGUCUAAUCUGAUGAUAAGGUUUGGGAGAGCAGAAAGUGUCAUACAAGAGCUCUUAAAAGAGGUUGAAGCGACUCAUAUAUUUUCUGAAGAAGAGGUAGAUUACCACCUGUGCGAGGUGAUAUAUCUUGUGGAGCAUAUGUUGGCUACCAUACCUACCCCUGAGAGGAGUCCUAGGAAAAUUUUUUGGCAGACUCCCUUCUAUGAUAUUAAGAAUGUGAAAGACAUGACUGAAUCAUACGAGGAAUUUGUGAAGCUUCAAUUGCCCAUAACUUCAUGUCUCCAGCCUCCAGUUUUACCUGGUGCUAGCACUGACUUGGACUGGGGUUCUCUGCCCACAUUUGAUGAUCUAAAGGAAUUUAUGGUUCAAAAUAAAUGCCACUCAAGAGAAAGUUGGGCACUGAUCAAGGAAACUUCGGCUCAAUCCGCAUUGAGAAGGAAGUUGUCCAAAUUUGAGGGAACCUAUCAGAAUAAUUCAAAUUUGAUGAAGACAAAGGGGAGUCCAUUAGGUGGAUCUGUUUUUGUCACGCAGAAUCCAUAUGUUGUGGGACCUGGGACAAAUGCAGUAUUAAAUGCAUUGGCUGCUUAUUUGAGAUAUUUGGAGGGAACGGCUCGAUAUGAUUGGCAAGAGGUGCAUGAUAGAUUACGCACUGUUGAAACUCGGGAUGGAGCUUCAUUUGCUGCACUCUUUGGCCGGGCCCUCCAUCUGGGUACUGUAUCUAGAAGGAGAGUGUAUUAUGAAGCAAUCAAGUAUGAAAGAGAGAGAAAUGCUGGUUUUCUAUCUCCCUUUGGAUAUUCAGCGGCCACUGUAGCUGCAGCAGUUGAUGCUGUUUGCUCAAUGGAGUGGUAUUGGCUUUUGGCCCAGAAAAGUCAGAUAGAUCAUGGAGCAUAUUCAAUUAGGAUAUGGAGAUGGAAUGGCCACUUAAUUCAGUAUACGUCUGUUGGUCAUGAAGGUCCGGCUAUCCUUCUUGUGCAUGGUUUUGGUGCUUUUCUGGAGCACUACCGUGACAACAUUAACAGUAUAUCAGAAGGGUAUUUUGUUUCUAUCGUUGCUUGUCUUUGGCCUGUUUUAGCCAAGUCACUUGUCCUCAUCAAUAGUGCGGGAAACAUUAUACCACAGUAUACUUCUCUGCAGUUCUCUGAGGAGAGGCGAACUUCAGGGAUGGUGUGGCUAGGUGCCCGAAUUCUUUUGUUUUACUUGAGGUUGAACAUCAAGAGCAUAGUGAAGAAUUGCUAUCCAACUAAGGCUGAGCGUGCUGAUGAUUGGCUUACCAAUGCAAUGCUAAGGGCAUCCCAUGAUCCUGGUGUCUUGGUGGUCCUGGAGAGUAUUUUCAGUUUCAAUCUCUCACUUCCUCUUAACUUCCUCUUGAAGGAAUUCGAGGAAAGGGUUCUAAUCAUACAGGGAACAAAAGAUCCAAUCUCAGACUCUAAGUCCGAACUUGCUCUGAUUAAAGAGCAUUGUCCGGGGAUCAUAAUCAAGGAAUUAGAUGCUGGCCACUGCCCCCAUGAUGAGCAGCCAGAACAAGUGAAUUUAAUCAUUUGUGAAUGGGUAAUGUCAGCUGAAAGCAAAAUUCUGGCUGAGAGAUGAUUGUAGUUCUGUUGGUGCCUCACAGCUUCUUGUAUUUGUAAGACCCACUCUUUUUGCCGCUAUCCCUUCUCUUUCUUGAUUUUUCAUAGCCUCCAUUACGAAUCCUAAGUGUGGAAUUGGAUAGUUUCACCCACUCACAUCUACACACUGACACCUCAAUGUUUCCUUGCAUAUUAAGACCUGUACUCAUAUUUACACCCAAAACCUUAAUUUCAGCCACUAAUUUCUCCCAAACAUGACCUCAUUUCUCUCUUCCAUAAUUCGCCUCCACUAAUUUCAGCCAGCCCAUAAUUUUCUUCACUCAACAGUGUCUCUUCUAGGCCAUCCAUUUCCUGCUUGGUCUAUUUGUAUGGUUGAUUUCCUUCAUUUGGUUUGUUCCAAAAUCCUGUUUUUGUGGCUCAUGGGUUUGUUUAUAUCUCUGCUUCACAGGUUAACAGUAGUGAUUGUUUCCAAAUGUGGUUUCCAAUGGUUUACUGCAGUUCUCUCCGUAAUAAUACUGCAUUUUGACCAAGUUCACUAUAACCCUUUGACCAAAAGCUCAUUCUGAGGAAGAAAAAAAAUUCAUUUCCCCCUUCAUCCUUGAACUUUUUUAUAUAUUUUUUUCCUCCUUUCAGUUCCCCUUUUUCUUCUUCAUCAUCUUGUUAUUUUUGUGCCACUUUCGAUCUCUAUUUCCCGAUCAGCCAAGUUUCAUACAUUUGUUUAGCAGGUUCAACUAUGUUGACUUGCACAGUUAAUGUUGGUUUAUGCUUUUCAUCUUUCGACGAAACGUAGCCUUCCUUGCCUUUUGCAACUAAAGUUCUUGGUCAAGGAGAAAGAAGAAAAUAAUUGAACCAUCCUGAAGCCGUAUGCACAUCUGCACUUUUGUUAAUGUCUGACUAGUAAAAUCCUGUGCCUAGAUAAGGUUCAUAUGUGAGUUCAGAAAAUGGUCAAUGAACUUUGAAAUCUGAUGGUAAUUUCGAUCACCAUAAGCAAUGAA